AUGGAUGCCUUUGAAACCGUACAUGCGCAUUUUAGAGGACCAAUCAAAAUAGCCUUGAAUAAAGAUCAUAAUUCUAGUAUGAAUCCUAAAGAAAAUCUUUUUGUUUCGAUUGGUUCAGAUAGUUCCAUUUUUUAUUGGAGUUUGGAUUCUAAAAAUAAAUUGCAAUAUCGCGAAGAAAUAUGCACUAAUGACAAUGUUUCAUGCAUAUGCUGGUGGAAUAAAAAUAUAUAUCUUGGACAGACUUCAAGAGAUCCUAUAACUGAAAAUGAGCAAAAUUAUGUCACAUCAGUAGAAUAUGGAAAAGCAAUUGUAAAUGGGACCAUGACAAAAUUUUCACUUGAAACAUGUGCUUUAGAUUGCUCUCAUGAUGGUAGAUAUAUUGUUGCUGCAUCAAAUGAUUUCGUCAUCAAAUCUAUACAACUAGAUGAAAAAUCUGAAGUUUUGAAGUAUGAUAAAUACUGUACUGAUGAUCCUAUUGUUUCAAUUUCUGUUGAUCCUACUGGAGUUUAUUUUGCAGCUGCUUUUUCUAAUUCAAAUGUUAAUAUUUAUAGAUUAAAUGCUGAGAAAGAUGUUUGUGGUCAACAGAAAUUAGAUCCAUUGGCAAAGUUUUCUUUUUCUAAUAAACAAUUUCUUUCGAGAGGAGACAUUUUGUAUAGUAUGACCUGGUCCAAAAAUGGUGAAUUUUUGUAUCUUCCUACGGAUAAUGGAGUUAAAGUAAUUACAUAUUUAUCAAAAUCCAAUAGUUUCGUUGAGGAAUGUAAAUGGAAUUCUGAUGUUAAUGAAAACUUUAACAAUUGUUGUAUUUCAAAUAAGGGUGAUAAGCUUGCUGUAUCCUCAAUUGACGGUACAAUUAUUGUUUUUGAUACAAAUAAUGGAAAGUGUAUAUCUGAAUCUUAUAAACCUACAACUGGAAUAACUUCAUUGGCAUGGUCUCCAUUAGAAGAACAAGAGAAUGUGCUGAUAGUAUGUGAUACAGAUGAAAAAACAUAUCUACAUACAGUUAAAAUAAAUAAUAUUUCAGUAUCUCCAAAUUCUAACAAUGUCGUCAAAAGGAAAGUAGUAGUUUCUGAUGAUGAAUGUGAUGUAAUGGAUUGCGAUGACGAGGCAACAAAUUUUUCAUAUGAUCUUGGGAAAAUAAAAAGUACUUAUGCUCUACCAGAAGAUGAUAAUAUUGUUGAAGAAAGUUAUGUUCCUGAACGUAUUAUUAAGUAUAAACCUCCUAAAAUCUUACCACCUUUUAUGGUUACAUCUACACCUAAAACAACAGUUGGGUGUUUUUUAAAAUGGAAUAAUCAUGGUAUCAUAAAAUUAAUUUGUGACGACAAUGAAAGUCGCAUCGAGGCAUCUUUUCAUGAUAUUUCUAUUCAUGGAGAAAUUAUUAUUGAUAAUACUUAUACUAAUUUUACAAUGGGUGAUAUUUCUAAUAAAGCUGUUGUUCUAGCUUCACCCAGAAAUGGAAAGAAAACACCGUCCAAAUUGUUUGUUAAAUAUUUUUCUUCUUGGGAUGGUAAUUCAAGAGAUUGGGAACUUGAAUUUGAAGAUAGUGAUGAGUCUAUUGUAAAUAUUUCUUUAUCCGAUAAUUAUAUAGCUGUUGCAACGAGUUAUAAAUUUAUUAGAAUUUAUACUUUAGCUGGUAUACAAUUAAAUGUAUUUUGUUAUAAUGGACCUCUUGUUACAAUGAUAAUGAAUGAUGAUGUUUUAGUUGUUGUUAGAUAUGAUGGUGGUGCCAUGUUUACCGGUGAAAAAGAUGAAAAAGGUAAUUCUUGUAUGGAAUAUUCACUCAAGAUGGAUUUCCACUUUAUAUCAACUAUCAAAUGUACAAAAACAUUCCCAGUUUCAUUAACUCCCUAUUCAAAUUUACAAUUCAUAACAUUUACACCUGAUUCAAAUAUUGUCACUAUGGAUUCAAAAUAUAAUUUUUAUGUUUUUCAUAUAGAAUCAACAACAUGGCUUCCAAUUAAACGUGGAAGUGAUUUGAUUACAAAUAAUUUAGAUUCCAUAUUUCCUAUAUUUGUUACAUUUUCAUCAGCAUACCAGAUUCGUUAUCUUUAUGUAGCUAAUGGACAAUAUCCUUUAGUUACUCAUAAGAGUACAGUUCAAGUAACAACAUUUGAAUUUCCACUAAUUGGUAAAUCUACAGAUAGAUAUCUACUUGAAAAUCAAAUAUUAUUGAAUAAAUAUUUUCCUUCAAUGAAAUAUACUCUAAAUGGUACAACAACAACUAAAGCAGGAAUAUUGCUACGAUUGUUUGCUUUAGCUACAACAACAAAAAGACUUGUUAGAGCUACUGAUAUUGCUAAAAUGGCUGACGAAGAAAAAAUUAUUCAAGCUUUGAGUAAUUAUGCUGCUAAACAAAAUUUUACCAUACUUAGUGAAAAAGUUAAUGAAAUUGGUAAAGAAAUAAUUGAAAAAAAAAGAAAUGAAAAAGAAAAUAAACAUGUUAGAUUUGAGGAUAAUGGUUGGAGUGAUGAUGAAAAAAUUACUCUUAAUACUGGAAAUAUAAAUCCGAAAUCUAAAAUAUCUACACCUACCAUUAUUGCUGUACCAAAAAGAAAAUAUCCUAAUACACCUAUUGUAAAUAGUAGAAAUAUGAUCAAUCAUGAUGAUUCUCUUUUGGAAGUUGAAAGUGAUAUUAAAAAACAAAAAAAAGAUGACUCUUCUUCUCAAUUAUCAACAACUUCUGAAAUGCCGGAAAUAGGAAGAUUGUAUUCAGUAAACCCAUUCAAAAAAAAUGUAGACUCAACUCCCGGUAAUUCUCAGGUGUUUAAAUUUAUAUAA